AAAAAAGGAAGAUCCAUAAAACUGGCAAUUUAUAUUUAAUAUUCAAUUAAUUAAAUAUAAUUGACUCCCGAUAAGUUAAAAGUGAAAAUGUCAUGUGACCAAUAAAUAGGCCUAUAUUUUCAGUGGCUCUGAAAAAAGUGAAAUAAAAAAAACACAAGCAAUAAUGCGUGAAUAAAGAUUAAGUGUUCAAAAGUAAUAGAUUGAUAAUAAUAUUAAUGCACUUCUCCUUCUAAAAAAAAAAAAAAAAAAAAAAAAAUCCUGUUCAAAAAGUAAGCAAAGAAAAAGAAGAAGCAUAGAGUGUGAACAUUAUGAACAGUAUAAUGAACAGAAAAUAACACUGAAACACGACAAUGGGAACAGUGAACACAGACCAGCAGCUUCGUCAACUGUUCAAGACCUGUGACAAAAAUGGCAAGGGCUUUAUCGUGGCGGAGGAGCUACGGGACUUAUGCUCUGGUCUCGGCAUCACUGCAGAUGAUUCGGACGUGAUCUUCACCGACCUCGACCAGGACCGAGAUGGACAGAUAAGCUACACUGAAUUCUCCAAGGGUUUCCGGGAGUUCCUGAAUCCCGAAGCCGAAGUCCAGACCAAGCGACGGUUUUCGACAUGGGGGGCCGAGGAGCAGGACGGCGAGGCAGCUCUCGGGGAACAAGAAAUCAAGAGGAGAGAGAGCGUGUACCAGGCGUGGAACAAUCUUACAAACAACUUGGCUGAUGUUAGUAAGACUUCCCCUGAAAGCGGCGAACAGAUCAAGGAGUUACUGCAAGAUCUCGAGUGGUCGUCAGCACCUCCUGACGUCGCUAGCCGCGUCAGCACCGUGAUCUCCACACUGCUGAAGGAGAUACAGCAACUCCAGGCCCAUCACCAGAGCCUGGAGGUCAUGUACAAGAAAGAGCGCGAGCACCACGCCGACGCUCUCAGAUCCCUGGAGGACGAGCUCGAGGACCAGGUGGCGCGGGUCGAGGAGAAGGCGCGGCUGCAGGCGAAGCAGGAGUCGGAGGAGGAGAAGCGCCUCCUGCAGGAUCAGAUGGACCAGGAGGUGGCAACACUGCAGACGCAUCUCAAGAUCUUCCAGAAGGUGGAAUCCUGGCUCAACAAAGACAGCGAGGGUGAGGACAAAGUGGCUGAAGUCAAGAAGAAGCUCGAGGAAGCCUACCAAGCCAACCGAAGCCUCAACAUGAACCUGAAUGAAACGACAACAAAUCUCGGCCUCCUGCGCUCCGACCUGGCGCAGAUGAGGCUGCAGUACGAGGAGAAGUGUCGAGAGCUGCACAGCGAGCGAGAGCAGGUGUUGGAAUACAUGCACCAGUACGAUCAUAUGAAGAGACAGCUCGAAUUACUCCACGAAGCCAACAAGAGACUCCAGGACACGAACGACAGCAUGAGGGACGCGAUGGAGUUCGAGUGGCGUCGCUCUCCGCUGGGCUCGAGGUGUUCCAGCAACAGGAGUUCUUUGAGGCAGCCGAAGGAGAGGAGGCGGAGCAAGAGUCGAUCCCGCUCCCCUCACCCACCCAUUCUCCCAGUUGAAAAUGAGGGGGGACUAAAGUUUGGCAUCAGACGCCUCAUGGACGAUCUCGACUCUGGACUCUCAACCCUCCCAGACACGACGGAGGAAGGGUGCACAACGCAGGACGAACUCAAGUUCUCGGAGAACGAAGGGCCGCUGUCGCUGGAGGACGAGCUCAUCGACCUGGAGUGCUCCUCGAGCCCAUCGCCCGUGAAAUCCCACGAGGACGGCCGGAGCACGCCCAUCAUCAACGGUCAGCCGCCCAUCCCGCCCGCGUUCAUGGGAGGUUCAACGGUGCCGCCCAAACCCCUGAGAGUGGCGCAUCUCUCGGCCUCUGAGAGGAAUGGCAAAAGCUUCACGCCCCCCGGCCACGACUCCCUCUACGGCAGCCACGAGCCCCUGGGACCACCGGAGAGGACGUACAAGGUGGUCUUUGCCGGAGACGCUGCAGUAGGGAAAUCGACCUUCAUUGUGCGUCUGUGCACCGGCAACUUCAUCAACAACAUUGCUUCUACGCUCGGUGUUGAUUACAAAGUGAAGACACUCAACGUUGAUGAGAAAAAUAUUGCAAUGCAACUUUGGGAUACUGCAGGUGAGUACCUACGUGCACAUGUAUACGUUUGGAGCAACAUUUUGAGAUUAAUGAAGUCGGAAUUAAUUGCCCUUGUUCCCAUGAGAGUAGAUUACGUCAGCUGUUAUCUCUGA